AUGUCCUUGCUUAACCAUGCCAUUUCUAACCUUGUGUCUCUGUGCUGUGUUUAUACACUGGGGUGGGAAGAAGAAGUCGCUUAUCGGUAGGUUCGGGAUAGUGUUUUCCCCCUUCUUCUUUUUGUUUUUGUUUUUUGUUUUGUAUAUAUACAACCAUUCCACCUACCCUGCGUUUCCCAUGAUAAUAUACCUAGGGGGAUUAUGUAAUUCCCUGGCCCCCUGUAUACGCUGUCCAUAACACAUUUGCUGUAGCACUUCCUUUACCCAGUUUUGAUUGGUUCCACAGUAUCACCUCGUAUUCCAGAGUAGUGGAGACCAGCGUGACAACUUCCGCCAAUGAGGGGAUCAAUGGGGUUUUCCAUUUUUUUGGCAACAAUGUGGAAGCUGAGGAAAGCGUAAGGGAAUAUUAGUUUGACUAUGCACGUUGAUAUACCAUUUGGUAUUAGUUUGAGUAGUAGGGUUUCGAUAUUGUGUUCUAAGAUACACCCAGUAACUCCUUUGAUUAGGUCUGUAAUUUGUCUCCUAUAAGGCUGUACGAAGUUGCAGGACCACCAGAUGUGGAGCAUUGUCCCUUCCUGUGUCAGGCACUUCCAGCAUCCAUCGCUCAUGUUAGGAUAUAUUGCCUUAAGUCAUGUGGGUACUAUGCACCAUCUAUACAACAAUUUCCGUGAAGCCUCCAAGUGACACAACACAAAGGGACAGAGCUUCUCUUUAACAUAUAAUUCAAGGGGAAAUCCUAUUUUGUACAAUAUCGAAAAAUAUGACUUAUGUUUCUUUCACUGUUUUUGUAAUAGGCAUAAAAAGAAAAGCAAGCAAAGAGCACGAGGCUCUACUGCCAGGGCCAGUAAAACAUGGUCACGAUGCAGAAAGCUCAUGAGGAAUAUGAUCCCAACUCAUGAGGGAUGCCAUCGUUUUGUGGAAAGCUUUGUCGAAGGUUGGUCAGAAUAUAAACAACUUGUGACCGAUAUCUUCGCAGAUUUUAAAAAACAUUCUGCGAAAAGACAAAGACAACCUUCAAAGAGUUUAUUCCAGUGAGUAGUAUGAGAUAACUAUUACAAUUUAUUGGAAUUCAGUCCACAAGCCAUAUUGCAGUUUUUCAGACGUUGAUUUUAAUAGUUUUUCCAUUUCUUCUCAGAUUGUGGAGAGAGAAACAUUUACAGCUCAAUGUGCGGUUCCGCUGUACGAUCCAGUUCACAAGGAAUGGAGUAGUUGGGGGCAUCUCGUGUAAAGUCAGGUGAGAAUUUAUGCUUAGUAGAUUGGAAUCUCACACACAGAAUACAUGCACAGAAUUUUAUUAAUAAUUUGUCUGUUCAUUUGACAGAAACUCUGUCAGUGGACAGCAGCAAGUGAUCACUGAUGGGAAAUGGCACAAUAUGGAGGCUAUUAGAAGCUCUGCCUAUUGCUAA